ACAGCUCAAGUGAUGGUUCUUUGAUCUUCGCAACCCUUGUGCAUUGCAGUGUUGCAAUUAAGGUUGAAACUAUAUAUGGACAAUACUAUAUCUCUAACACUGUAAAUCAAAGACUGAACUUUCACCGUAUAAGUAUAGAUCUAAAGUUAUACUGUUUACUCAAGAGUGCAAUUUCCAGUGAAAUAUGGGUUGUGCACCAAGUGGAACGAAUCUGCGUUUGAUGACAACUAAACACACAUUUACAAAAGAGCAAUUAGAUAAUCUCAAUAAUUUUUUUAGGAAAUCUGUUACAAACGUGGAAACUUCUCUAGAUAUUAUUGCCAUUGAAUCAACCGUGGAAAGAUUAGUGCAACGUUUGGUAGCGAGAGUAUGUAAUCUCGACCGCAGAUUCUCAUCCAUGUUCCUCGUUUCGCUCAAUGAACGUCGUAGGAUUAAGCAAUUGAAAUUUGAGUACCUCUUAAGAAUUGACGCUUUGUCAACGCCAGUAAUAAACAGUGAUGAGGAAUCAGCAGUAAAUGUAGAAGAAGAUGCAAGUAUGCCAGGAUUCAUUCGACUUAAAAUUCGAGCAACUGUUGCUGAAAAUUGGGCUGAAUUUUUAGGAUCAGGGGGAAGAAUUCGACGUGAUCUUAUUAAAGCAAAAAUUGCGAAUCUUUUGGCUAUCGCAACUAGACAAGUUGCCAGCGGAUUUGAAAGUUCUGACGAAGAUAGGAUGUCGUUAUUACCGGGUCAAAUAGUCGAUGCAGAAGUUUUGGAUAAAAUUCUAAAGCAACCGGAUCAUUGCAGAAUAUUCUAUGGACCAACAUCUUCGGAAAGUGAAUUUCCCGAAUUACGUGAAAAUCGAGUUGCUAUAGUUGAGGAUUCCAGUGGAAUACUAUUGAGAAUAGGACUUGAAGGUAGUAGCAAAUCCCAGGAUGUCGAAGUGAGGCUCUUGAUUGGUGCUGCGGUUCAAACGUGGUCAACCACCGCUGAUUAUCCUCGACGAGUGCCGCUUUACCACUGCGAUACACUACUUCACUAUUGUGCUGCGCAAACUGGAAUGUUUGCCACAUCUGUAGGUCCAUAUCCGGGAGUACGUUGUGAAGAUCGAGCAACUUUAUGGAGAAUUCGGUUUCCAGCUGCCGAAAAAAUGAUGUCACAACAUUAUUCUGAAGAGAGCAUCCCUUCUUUAACAGAUUCGAUUCUUCAGGAAAUACUCGAUCAGCUGCAAGGCAGAAAGUCAUUGGAUUUUCAUAUAAAGCGAAAAAAAACUUUGAAAAUUGUGAGUCGUCAUAUUGUGCGAACGAUUCAUUGGUGGUCACUUGAACGAGCUGGUCCAGACCCUUUGAGAAGCUGGGCACCGGAAACUUUAUCUCGACAUGUUCUCCUAUGUCUUGAUGAGUUAGUGAGAGCUCUUAAAUGUCAAAAUUUGAGGUGUUACUUCCAUCCCCGAUGUAAUGUGAUGCUUCAAUGUGCAAAAGGUGGAAUUCUUCAUAAUGAUGAUUCUUAUACGUCAGAUUCAAAAAUUGUAGAAGAGUAUUUAUCAUUUUUGCAUACAAAAUCGGGAAUUAUGACAAAUGCGGAAGUAAAUACAGCAGACUUAAUGGAAACUGAAUUAAUUUCUCGAUGGCAAAGAGUUUUGAAUUCAAUUCCAAAGGGUGAAAUGGAAGGAUAUUGUGGUUAUAGUUUAAACCAAUUGGAAUAUUUAAGUUUAGUUGUGCAACAAGUACUUAAAGCUAAGGAUGCGACACUACAGGAAUGUUUCGAUAACUCUCCAUUAUUAAGUUUUCUUGUGUCUCCACCUCAUUCUUUUGAGCCAAUAGACAAUUUAGUUUAUCUCUUGACUUUGGUUCUCAAACAAUCAAGAGAACAGAUUUACGCUGUGAUGGAUCACCGGAAAAAGAAAUGUGCAAGACGUCGAUUACUGAAGGAGCGCAAAACGAACAAUGCUUCCGCUUACUUCGAACGUUCUGUUGACAUUUUAGUUGAAACUGUGAGAAGAGAUCGAGAAACUGCUUAUAUGGAUCUUGAAAAUCAUGCAAUUAUGGCAGAAACACUUUUAAAAUGGCUCUAUUUUGGAAUGGAGCAGGAUAAAAAAACUUUAGGACCAAUUUUAAAACCUUACCUUGGAAACUUGUUCAACUCGUCUCACGAAAAUGCUUGGCACGUCGAAUCAUGGAAAAAGAGACAGGAGAACUGCAACUCGGAAAUGCGUUCAUUGACCAUGUUCUGCAAGCUAGUUACCACGGGAGAGAUAUCGCCUGCUAAUGGAAUUGUCGAAUCCCUUUCUAAGGGCUGGAAUUGGUCAGACGACAUUGCUAGGAUGAUUGAGCGUUCGAAUUCUGGAUUGAAACUGGUCUUUAUAACCACCCAAGGCAUCUUGAGGUUUUGUCUCAAAUUCGAAGAGAAUAAAGGACCAAGUGCAUUUUCAACUUGGAGUAAAGCUCGAAAUAUUAGCAGUGCUGUAAAAAAAGCUACAAUAGCGAAAAUGAAUUUGAUUACAAUUGAAGAAACUUUAUCUGAAUUAAAGAAUGAAUUUGGUUUUGGGGUAAAUCACGUAGAAUUGAGAAAUUUUAGUCCUUUGACCUAUAUCGUUUCGAUUAAUCGUCGACGAGGUCGUCAAAGAGGUCCAGGAGGAUUAAUUUCAGCUCUGGUAACUUUAAAAAAGUUUCGGAUUCUACAAGAAGUUGCACAAGUCCUUCCACAGAAUGAGAAAACGGAAAUGCUUGAUAUGAUUCAAAAAGUAUCUAGAGCAUCUCGCACAAGAAGAAUUAGCUGUCCAGAUUUUUCGGAUACACCUAAAGAAACCUAUACACCAAGAUCGGAAUCAAAUAUAUGUGAUUCACCUCGUCAGUGUUCGCCCAGCAUAAGUCAGAGACGUAUUAUUGCUGAACAUCAGCGACAACUUCAUCGAGAGAUGUUAGAAAUGCAUGACACCUUGACACGAGGUUUGCGAACAAGGAGUCAGCUUCCAGUUUGGGAUUCAUCUUCGAUCGGAUCUUGGAAAUCCUCUGUUCGAUCAAUUCGACAGUUGAAGUCUAGGAGUAAAAUGUGGGAUACUGUGAGAGGGAAAUCUUCAUUGCGAGAUAUUGUAAGUGUAUCGAAAAGUUUUGAAAAGAGUAUAUCAGGAGAGAUGAUAAGUCGUGAGGAAUCACCAAAAUGGAAUACUAUUGAUAGCAGAUGUUCAAUAAAUAAGCGGGAUACCGAUAAUAAACUUCCAUCUUGGGAUGUUUUAGAAGCCAGUCUCAAUGGAAAAUUGCAACGAUAUGAUAAUGUUCAAAAAGAUUUAUAUCCUGAUGAGAAAUCGGAUAUUGAUUAUUUUGUUGAUGAUGUUAAUGAGAAGAAAGAGAAAAUAAAGUAUUUUUAAAAUUGAA